AUGUCUCAACUACCACAGUCCUCAUCAAGUGGAGAUGAGGAUUGGGAAAUCGAUUUGGGUACAGCCACAAAACAGGACCUCAAUAUCUAUGCGAUAAAUAUGCAAUUUACAAACACUAUCCUUGAUCACAACCUAUGGAUGACAUUCCGAGAACAAUUCGAAGGCUGGAAACCUGAACAUUUCAAGCAACUCAGCCCUUAUGCAAGAGUGAAUCUCAGAAACAACCUGUUUCAGCGAGAAAUAUUCGUUCGCCGUCAUAACACGAGGAAUCCUCUCUAUGACAUACUUUCCGAAGUUGUUCAGCAAGAUGAAUUCUAUGAAUGGACUGAUAAAGAGCUUAAAGCUGCUCUAGAAGAACUUGAUUUACCAAUGAUUACUGCUAUGCUCCGAAAACGCUUGAAUCCAACACGCGAUAGCUUAAGAGAGAAUACACAAGCUAUAGAAGGUUAUUCAAACCAUUCAGCUUCUCUUAAAGCUAAUCCGCAAGUGAGACGAGACUAUCCAGAUCCUUCAGUCUUUCCAGAAGACCGUUUCGCUACUCCCAAAGCCAAUCCUUCUACCCCAGGAACUAACCACGUUCCUGAAACUGAUUAUCUUACCCUUGAGACCAACCGCCUUGCUCAAGAAAGCAGUUAUGCACUCUCUAUAAGGCCCAAAAAUGACCUUUCUAAGGAAAUCGCCUCAGUCACAAAGAUCUACACAGAAGACCAGAAAUAUAGCGGUACAGACAACAGCAGCCUUGACUUUAAACUGAACAUCUUUUAUGACAUUUGCUCUAGAGCUGGUCUACUACUACAUGGAUACAAGGCUGCAUUACUAACAAUGCUUAAGGGUGUUGCCGAAGACCACUAUUACAGCAGUGGCCUAUCAUUAAAGACGUUUCAAGAAGCAUGUCACCACUUACGCCAAUUCUUUGAAGGACCCGAGUUCUACCGGCAGAACUUAACCAAGUGGAAUACUAUAUCGCUCCAGAAGAUCAUGAAUGAUAACCAUAAGAAAUCAAUCUAUUAA